UGUGUUAUAAACAAAGUUCAGACAUACGAACAGGGUCAUAACAUAUCAGGAAAUGUAAUAUUGGUAGCUGCAGUGCUUGACAAAAGCGUUAUGAAACUUGUUUCGUUGGAUAAUACGGCUGCAGAUGAGGGCGUGUACCUGGCCAGUCCAAUUUUGACCAUGGCAGUUUUCUCGAAUGAUGUCAGGAUUUCGGCCGUAGUGGAGUUUACCAUGUUUUAUUUAAUAGAGCAUGUGAAGGACUCGAAGAUCCUUUCAAAUGGAAACAGCACAAACAACAGAUUGAUUUGUGGCUUUUACAAUACAAGCAUGAGAGUAUGGUCCGUGUCAGGCUGUGAAGUUGUUGGCGAGGAUGAGUUUACGGUAACAUGCAGAUGUGACCACACCACCAGCUUUGCUGUACUGAUAAAAAUAAACAAUGUAAAGGAAUCACUGGCGGACGAGGAUGCCUUGAGCAUCAUAACGUACAUCGGCUGCAGUGUGUCUAUCCUGACCUUGUUCAUGGCCGUCACUGUUUUCACGUGCAUAAGGUCUAUACAAUCGGAGAGAAUAUUUGUCCACAGGAACCUUUGUAUUGCAUUGUUGAGUUCACAAGUUCUAUUCUUAGCUGGAAUCAAUGCUGUAUCGUACAAGGUUGUGUGCCGUGUUAUGGCCGUGGUCCUUCACUACAGCUUCACCGCUGUGUUCACCUGGAUGUUGGUAGAAGGCCUCCAUCUGUAUACCCAGGUCAUCCAGGUGUUCCAGCCAUGCAAAUCAAGGGAAAACGUCUAUCUGGCGUUUGGAUGGGGGAUUCCCCUCCUCCUGGUUGCUACAUCGCUCGCAGCGGACUUCGAUGGAUAUGGAUCAGACAAAAGUUGCUGGUUGUCGGUGUCUCGUCACACGAUCUGGGCAUUCGUUGGUCCAGCUGGUGCUGUUAUGAUAGUAAAUGGCAUCAUCCUUUUAAUGGUACUGAAUAUUGUAUUCACCUCUUCAAAGAAUGACAGCAGGUCAAACCUUCAACAAUUAAGAGCAGGAGCUAAGGCGGCCUUGUUCCUACUCCCAUUAAUGGGCGUAACCUGGUUCCUUGGCCUUCUGGUUAUCAACAAGAACCUCCUAGUGUUUGAAUACCUGUUUGCAAUCUGCAAUUCCCUCCAGGGAUUUCUUGUCUUCCUUUUUCACUGCGUUCUGAACACAGAGGUGCGAACCUCUCUAAGAAGAAUACGGGACAGACAAAUCCUGAUGAAAGACAAAUACAGUAGCACCUCCGAGUCGGAUAGACCCGCCAUAGAUGAUGAACAGCAGCAAUCAGGAACAAUUCACUUGAAGAUCAAGUGUAAAGCUGGUAUACAAGUAUACAGUUCAGUUCAAAACGUUGACGAUGUAACAACACUGAAGAAUAGAGAACAGAACAAAAUGACUGGGCCAACCCAAGCGGAACGAAAUGUGGACAAAGAUGAUGGACAAGUUAUCCAUCGAGACAAAAUGUUAUCCGUGACAUAUAUCUGACUACUAGUUAAUAAGGAAGUCGUUUCGUUUAUAAAUGGUGUUGU